AUAACUGAUUUCUGAUUACUGUCACUAUCGAGUAAGCGUUGAUUCAGUAGAGUUACCUGUAUUUGUUCAUAUGAUUUACUUCAUGUGAAAACUUGCAGAUGACAUUUGCUGUGAAUUAGAAGCAGUGCGGUUAAUUUAAGAGUUUAACCCUUACUGUUUUACGUACGUGCGCCUUGCAAUCGAUCAGGGUCACACAUGUGAAAGAUCUGAACUUAUUUUAAGUCGUAUGUGUUGAUGACAAUCCCAGAUUUGAACAGUUCGUAUUUAAGGAAUUUCGCUUGCAACAAACUAAUAUUUGGCGCGCCGUAUCAGCAUAUUUACGAUUCAAUGCAAAUCAAUAAAUUGCAUUGGGAUACAUCUUUGAGUGACGUCAAAAAGAAACAAUAUAAAGAAACAACUCUUAAUAGAUUUACGUGUACAACGUGAUUUUUUCUGGACAUACAAACACAAGUUUAGAAAGCUGACAUUUUUGUGCGCAUGCGUAUUUAAGAAAUGGUCAUGAAGAGUCAUAUGAACUCCAGCGUUGUUCCGUGCACCUUGGUCGGCGACGGUAUGGUCGGGAAGACGUCCCUGGCGCUAGCGUUCACGAACAAUCAGACCCCGGACGAAAACUACGUGGCCACAGUGUUUGACAACUAUGCAGGCAACGUGUCCGUACAUGGGGAGCAGUACACUAUCAGUAUCUUCGAUUCACCAGGCCAGCACGAUUACCAGAGUGUUCGGGCGUACAGUUACCUGGACAGUGAAGUCAUCAUCGUCUGCUACAGCGUCGUCGACCGAGACACAUUGGAGAAUGUUCGGGACGUGUGGAUUCCGGAAACCACAACGCAGACGAAACGGAAAAAGCCGAUUAUUCUUAUUGGCUGUCAGACGGACAUCCGGAUUCCAAACAACGAGAGUCACGUGACAUACGAUGAAGGUUGCAACAUUGCCAAGGCAAUCGGAGCCGAUGCCUUCAUCGAAUGUUCGUCUGCGUCGAUGACAGGAAUUUCAGAUGUUUUUCAAACAGUUGUGAAAGUGGUCCUAAAGAGUCGGAAAAAGAAAAGCAACAUUUUCAACCGACUUUUGCGGCGAUGAACACAAUGAGGUCACUACUCGAUGUAAAACGAAUGUUAAAAAUGGCCGGAUAAUGUGAACGUGCAAUUACCAUAAAACUUUCCAUAUCUAAUGUUGACGUCGUUUGAUGAUGAGAUGCUUAGUUCUAUGAUUGCAAUAUGAUAUUUAUAAAAUAAACACUGAAAUGAAUGUAAUUUUGACCCACGUUGCGCGAAAAUUUCCAUUAUGACAUAUGCGGCCAGCGUGAGCAGUUAUCAGGUGCUACGCGGUUUGUUAUAAAGUCCGGUUUCGCGGUCUCAUUAGGGGCAAAGGAGCUCAUGAUGAGACUGUGCGAGUUCUGGAUUGGAGCUACACUGGUCGCAUAUGGAAUGAAACCCAUUUUUACAAGACGCGGGUCAUUUAAUUUGUUAUCAAGAUAGGAACAAUCAAACAUUUGUGUCUCCAACUAGAUAAUACAUUAAAAAAGAUAUGUUAUCAAUAAACAGUUAUGUGAUCAAUAUAUUCGUGUUUGUAUCCAUGCUCUAAUGAUAUAGAGCCUUCAUGUUGGAAUUUGGGUAGCUCGAAGUCUUGUGUUCAAAGAUAUCAACUCACAGAUUCAUUUUUAGACUGAAUCUGAUCCUCAUAUUUUGGGCAGAGGAAGUGUUUUUGUUUAUUUUUUCGCAUCUGUCUUAUAUAUAUAUUUAUAUAGUCGCUGUAAAUAGCAUUUCAUUAUUUCUUAUAACAUCUUUAACUGCUGGUCAGUAAAUAUGUGUGUUAAUAUAAUUAAAAUGUUAAAAUAAACAUACAAUAUCGAAAUAAAAA